UUCCAUGCUGUUGUUGUCUUCUUGAAUUUCAACAUUUUCGAUUACGUUGGUCGACUGCUUCCCAAAUUUGAGCAACCCGGAAUUCUUCUGUUCUUGUCUAUCGCUCGAUUCCUCUUCGUGCCUCUAGCUUUGUUCUGCAAUAUCAACUCGGAUAAAAUCCCAACUCUGUUCCAUCAUGAUUCGAUUCCAUUCAUCAUUGUGAUGCUUCUGGGUCUUACCAACGGAUAUUUCGUGUCAUUGGCUGUUAGCUACGCUCCGAAAUACGCCACUCCCGGUAACGAAGAGGGCUGUGGAAUUGCAACCUCAACAUACAUCGCACUUGGUCUUGUUACAGGUGUCGCUAUGUCCUACGGACUUGUGGCUCUAGUCUAG